AUGGCGUCUCUUGCAACCGUUGCCGCCGUGAAGCCAUCCGCCGCCAUUAAGGGACUUGGCGGCAGUUCACUCGCCGGAGCUAAGCUCGCCACUAAGCCUUCUCGCCUGAGCUUCAAACCCAAAUCCAUCAGGUCUGGUGCUGUGGUGGCAAAGUACGGAGACAAAAGUGUCUACUUUGACUUAGAAGAUUUGGGUAACACAACAGGUCAAUGGGACCUAUACGGCUCUGAUGCUCCUUCUCCUUACAACCCUCUUCAGAGCAAGUUCUUUGAGACAUUCGCUGCACCAUUCACAAAGAGAGGAUUGCUCCUCAAGUUCUUGAUUCUUGGAGGAGGCUCUUUGCUUACUUACGUCAGCGCUUCGUCCACCGGUGAUGUUCUUCCGAUCAAGAGAGGUCCUCAGGAGAAGCCUAAGCUCGGUCCUCGCGGCAAGCUCUGA